AUGCCAGAGCCUCCGAGCAGCUGGGCCGGCUCGGCCCACCCGCCAGUAAAAGCUAUUCUGAUUGGUCGGGCCGUUGGCUGGAAGGCGGGGCCAGUGGAGGUUUGCACCCCUUCGUGGCUGGGACUCCUCCGGUGGCUCCCGCCGCCUAGUCGAGCCCUCAACCGGCCCGGUGCUCCCGGGCCCGGCCCCGCCCCACCCGGCGCGGAAAGCAAAGCCCCACCCCCUGACCACGAUAUCCGGGCCCGCCCAUCGAGAGGCGGGGCGCGCCCGCUUCAGGGCUCUGGACGGCUUACCUCGGUUUCAAUGCUGAGAACAGCUUGCACCAGCGCAGAGCUAAGCAAAGCCGCGCAGAACGUGGGUUCCGGCCCACUGGCGCCUUUGCAACUCCCCUGCUUGCCCGCUGUCGUCUCCAGAUCUCUGUCGGCCGGCAGGGGCAUCUCUGGACUGUCAGAGCAAUCCAAGAUGGAGGAGGAGGACAACUCCCCACAGCUCGUGACCCCCAUCUCAGUAAAAGCCAUCAUCUCGAAGAUUGAGGCUGCCCAGCUGUCUCGUGCUCAGGAGGUUAUUUCUUCCCGGCUUUCAGACAUCUUGGACAAUGUCAAUUGUGUUAUUAACCGCUUCCAAGAAGAAUUAGGAUAUGAUUUAAAAGACAAGGUAAAAUCUCACCAGGUAGAGCAAAAGAGCAAGAACAGAUUCAUCUUGCUGGAGAAAAUUGCCUCCUUCUCCAAAAGUGCUAAGACUAAGGAGAAACACCUGUAUGAAAUUCUCCGCUGGCUGGCUGACUGGGGUGACAGUCUGACCUGUGAGAUCAGGGGCAGGAAGAGUGAGAAGGAAGAGGAAGCCCAGGACGAAUGGAUUGACGUGAUGGAAAAUGUUUUGCCUCUCUCCAUCAUUGCCACCAAGGGAGGCAUCGAGUCGCUCAUUUCCCUUUGUUCUACUCUUAUUGAACAACAAAAGAAAAGGACACAAUUGUCCAAAUACUCCUUAUGGCAAGGCUGGUGGGGAAAGCGCUCACGACAAUCUCCACCAGAACUUCAGUCACUGAGCCCAGAGCAGAUGCUCCAGGACAAGCAAACCACCUGCAUGAGGGUUUCUGAGGUGACGUCCAUGCUGCAGGAGCUCCUGGACUCCGCCAUGUUCAACCAGGGGGAGGUCAAGACCAUCAGGUACAUGUCUGCUGUGGUGGAGAACCUCAACAAGGCCUUGAUCCUCCAGCAGAAGGAGAACAGGACCCUGGAAACCAAAUACAAGCACAUGAAAGGAGAAAUGACCAAAGAGCUCAGCAGUCAGAGGCUGUACUUCCAGAAGUCUCUCAAAAUCCUUGAAAACAAGAAGGAUGCCCUCCUGAAGCAGGUAGAAAUUCUAGAGAAGAAAUAUCAUGAUCUUCACCUGAUUAAGCAUGCCUUAGAGUUCCAGCUGAAGGAGGCCCAGGGUGCCAGCAAUGACGCAGAAGACUCAGUCAAGACUUCUAUUGAGGUCUCGAGUCCCUUUGAAAAGGAGGCCAUUCCUAAAAAUGAACCACUUGUGGAGCUCCCAGCAGAAGUCUCCGUCUCUCAACUGGAGCCCAAGAUAGAGGAGCACUUGCUUCUCCCACGUUCUCCAAGUCCCACAGCCGUGGCCUAUAACAGUGAUAAUACACCUUCAGCAGAGCAGCCAUUUCCUACCACAGCCACACACUUGAGGACUGCAGAUGUUCACCACAGCAAGGACGCCGAAAGUCUCCCACCUGCAUUGCCACCUUCAAUGGAUUAUGAGCUUUCUAAGCAAUGGGAUAGGCCAGAAAGUCUGAGUCACAAAGAUGAACAGCAGGAUGAUCUCUUCCAGAAUUUGCAGGGAGAAGAAUGCCAAGUUGAGUUUCACUCCAGGGAGCAAGAGUCCCCAGAAAGCUCUAGGAAGGUUUACUCAGAGAGUAGGGAGGAGCACAUGGAGGCGGAACUCAGCUGGCAGAGGCGCAAGCGGCAGUGGCUGAAGGAGGAGAAGCUGUGGCUGCAGAGACAGAAGAACUGGGCCCUGCUUGAGUGGGAGCACCAGGAGAAGCUGCAGCAGUGGGAGAUGGACAAUAAGAUGAGAGAAGACUGGCAGAGAUUCAUCCAGCCAGAAAAGGCUCAAGGGAGCCCAAGGAGGGAGCCAGAAAAGUCAAGGAAUGACACAGAGAAGAUGAUCUUCCUGCCCACUAGUCGAAGGAGGGAACUGGAGAAGGCAGAGCAAUCACUGGUGCCUCCUCCAAGCCGAGUCCAGUCUGCUCACCAAGGCAGGAGGCCCUUCUUGCCCAGGUCUCGUAGUAUCCGGAAGUCUGCCCCAGGGAUUCAGAGGACCAUAAGUUCAGCAGACCCUAAACUAAAACCAUGGACACCCCAGGUUUGCACAAAACCCAAGAAAUCAGCCUCCUUUCCUGUGACGGUGACACCCAGCAGAAAGGUGGCUCAGGCCUCUUUGCAGACAUCGUUGGCAGCUCCCACAGAGGAGGUGUACUGGAAAGACCUGGAGGCCCAGAGGAAGAACCCAGAACUCCCGAGUGAGGCUUUGGAGUUAGGGCCAGCCAAGCAACUGGACAGCAAGUCCUUGGCGCUCACCCCCAGCCCCGUGGGGCUGGAUUCACUCAGGCUGCAGUACCUGUGCCAUAAGUACAUCACCUACAGACACUUCCAGAGACUCCAACAAGAAGUGAUCAACCACAUCCAAGUCAUGCAACUAACUGGGGCUACCUCCAAGUACCGAAAGCUCUACACAUUCCUGGAAAACACAGAUCAUCUACAGAACCUCAAGUUGCAGACCUGGACGAAGAAACAGAAGGACCUGGAAGAGAAGUCCCGAGAGCGUCUGAGCAGAAUGGCGACCACGUUCCCCAAACUCCAACAAGAGUGGAACGCUCAUUUAAACAUCCCUGCGGCCACUUCCCCAAUGCCAAGGAAAAGCAAGUUGUCUCCAGCCUUCUCCCAGUUGAUCCGUUCCAGGGGCUCACUCAGCAAGCAGCCCCUCGAGCCCUUUCUGUCCAAACCGGAAUGUGUGACCCCCCUUCUGCCCUCUAGCCAACAGGAGAGGCAGAUGAAAGCUGUCUGGAAGAGUGAUGUGGCCUCCUCCAGCCACCCAGUAGAGAAGAAGACUCCCCUCAGCCUGCAGUGGGACCAACUUGGGGGGUACCCAGACAUCCCCAGGCUGUUGGCACUGGAUGUACAUUCCUCCUACUACAAAAGCUUGCUGUUCCUCAAGACCCAGUAA